AUGACGAAGGAAAAAUUGCCGCCAAAACCCCUUGCUACACCUACUGAGAGUAACACAGCGUCGACAUUCGCAUCACGAGGAUCACACAUGGACGCGAGCGACGACCACGUUGUGUCCAGCUUUAUUGCAUCUGCAUUAGCCGGCAAAGAUCUGAAGAUAGCCGGCAACGAUGUGGCAUCUUUGUCGUUUCAAUAUGUCACCGACUGUACGCAAGCGCUGCCAGACAUCACGUUGGCGAGAGAAGUGCUAGAGUGGGUCCCGGUUAUUCGGCUGGAAAAUGAAUUGUGGAGAAUUAUCGAGUGGAAUAUGAAGGAGGGGCAUUCUAACUGA